AUGGCUGACCCGCUGAGUCUUGUGGCCAGCGCUAUCGCCAUUAUCCAGGGUGGUGAAAAGCUGCGAAAGCUUGUUCGCAAGGCUCAGGAACUCAAUACAGCACCCGCAGAAGUCGAGCUUCUUCUUCGAGAGAUCUCUGAAGCCAGGACAUCCUUCACCUCUCUCCAAUCUACCGUCAUUGCGGCUGCCCAAGGUGCCAGACCCAUCAAUUUUGAGGCAUUACGGAGCCUGCUUCAUCAAUAUGCUUCUCUCCUUGACUCUAUGGAGCUGCUGGUGGACAAGUAUCUUCUCAAAUCGCCCAAGCAAGAUGCUGAGUGGGGAGAUGAAAGGGCAGGAAUGGAGAGGUCUGUUGUGAGGCUGGGAUGGGUUCGGAAAAAGACAAAGGUGCAUGAGAUGCAAGACAAGCUUCGGAAUGUCCGCUUUCUGAUCGUUGAGAGCGAAAACUACGCGUCAGGGGCUCUAGGGGUAGUUACCACCGCAUCCAAGCCAAACGAGUUACCACUGGCUAAGACGGAGGAAACCCAGACAAUAACAGAGGAAAUGACAAAGGUGAAUCAUCAGAAUCUUCCUCCUGGGCCUAUCCCAUCGACUUUCAUGUGCGGCCCAUGCAAGUGUGCCUGCCACAGCACAUGGACACUGCUGUUCACGACAUGGAAGAAUCUCGGUGGCACAGUAGCCAUGCGAUCUCGUGGAUUCCCUUUCCAACGCAAGGACUGCGACGUCUCGUCUUGCAAACGCAGAUCACAGCCCAUGAUUAGCGGCGCAUUUCACCUCCCUCACUGGAUCGCCUCCCCCGCGAUCAUACUCACCUUCAUCAACGGACCCUCCAUAUCCGUCUCGCUGACAGUUGCACGCAUUGUCCCCCCUGACUCGGACAUCUUCCGCUACAUCCAGACGGGCAACUGCUCUGGUCUGCAAACCCUGCUCCUCAAAGGCCAAGCUUCUCCCGCAGACAUGAUCGAGUCUCUGUACGGGACCCUCGACGCCCUCCUUUUCGCCCUCAACUGCAACCAAUACGAGAUUUGCCAGCUUCUCCUCUCCUGCGGCGCCGACCCCCACGCUGAAAACAGCACCAAGCUGACCGACUCGGCCGCCAACAUGGCCUGGAAUCUUUCCAUCGAGAGUCCAUCCCCAGCCAACAACGCACGGAAACACCUCAUCGAGUCUACAUUCCCGGCCCCGUUGGACCUCGACCGGCGCCAGUUCUCACUCCUGCACAAGACCGUCCUCGGCCUUGCCUACACCAACCUCCCAGCACUGCUCGCUACCUGCUCAUCCGACGCCCUCAACGCCCGCGACUGUCACGGCCGUACCGCUGUCCUCAUGGCCGCCUGGCGCGGCGAUCUGAAAGCCGUGACUGAAAUCCUUGCAGCUGGCGCCGAUCCCGACUUGCACGAUGGUGGUGGCCGCUCCCCGCUGCAUUACGCAGCUAUGACGGCAUCAGAUGUUUGUACUCGGGCCCUGGUGCGGGGUGGUGCGGAUGUCAACAAGGUCGACAACUAUGAUGAGACGCCGCUGCAUUGUGCGUGUAGCUGCGCCCGCUUGGCCAAUGUAGAGUACCUCCUAUCUGUGGGGGCGUGGCUGGACAUGGCAAACGAGCGGGGUGUGACGCCUCUUAUGGCGGCAGUCAUGGCGGGAGAUGUGGGGGUUGUUGAGGCGUUGAUAGCAUACGGGGCGAACGUGGAGGUCAAGGAUAAGGGUGGUGAGACGGCGGUUGGGCUGGCGGUGUGGGGAGACCAGACGGAUAUUGUGGGGGUGUUGGUGGAUAAGCACAAAAGGGAGAGCGAGGCUUGA